AGUAAAAUAGACAUGUAAUUCCACCUUCAAAUUCACCAGCCUGUUCAUUGUAACACUAAAGAAUGCCUUUAUUUCUUCUGCCGAAACAUCUUUCCCGGAAUACCAGUUCAACGGUUUUUGUCAGUGGUGCGACCUUCCUUACUUUCGCUGUUGAGUAGGUGUUUUUUGUGGUCACGAUUUUGCUAAGAUCGUCAGUCGAGUAAGUAAAUUCGAGGAUAGGUAAAAGGCGUGGCUCUACCAUCCCAAAUAGGAUCCUCCCUAGAGAACACACUCCAAUUUUGCAGAUUGUGAGAAAUUUUUAAAACUUACAAUAGGCCAACGGCUGACCACCGUCCUGGGCACGACGUUAAACUGCCCCCCAACCCAAGGUGUGGUGCGACCCGUGCCGAGGGGUGCGUGGCACAGGGGAGCUGUGCCUCGAACGGGGCCUCUGGGAUACCGGGUGCCCUCCCAGAGUAUCCAGCCUAGCCCGGGCACGCGGGGCUCUGCCCGGGUGGUCCACACUUUCCUCAGCGUCUCGUGGGAUCAUAAAGAAAAAAUCUGAAAUUAGCUCCAAACGAGCAGAUGCCAAGAAUUCCAGGGGACCUCACUGUGAGGCGACCCGGGAUUCAGAACAGACUAAGCGUGAACUUGGCACGAGGGGACCUCGAGAUGAGGUGACCUCGGGCCUCGUAAGUGAUAAAGACACAGUUGCUGAGGGAGAUUCUUCUAAACUCGCAACAGGGAGGACCUCGGCUGCCGUACUUGACACUGGGGAAACCGACCCGUCCAAAAACAGCUCAGAAGGAGCAGUUUCAGGAAGGGGCGACAUUUCUGCAGAGGCGGAGAUCUCGAACCUUGCAAAUAAGUGUGCACCAGACAUCCCCGUCACAAAGAGUGCAGAUACGGUUUCAGCAGAGAACUCUGAGAAUAUUUCAGAGGAACGACACGUGACGAAGGUUCCUGUGAAAGAAGAAAUGGAAACAUCGAGAGGUGAGAAUUCUGAACGGAUGGAAGAACACAAUGAGGGAGAAGAAUGUGAGGCAGCAAGGGGAAGAGUGAUAUCAAAAACUGAACGAAAGAAGCGGAAACUAGAGGAAGCUAACCAAAAGACUGAAAUUAUUAAUGGGGGUGCUAAAAAAUUAAAAACUAGUACUGACGAAGCAGCAGCACCUGUACUGCAAAAACACAGAUUGAAAGUAGAGUCUAGUGACCUUACUCAUGCCAGUGCUCCUGUAACUAAAGAGGCCGGCAAAAGCGGAAGUGGUGGUACUGAUCGAGAAGUGGAAGUAAAGGAGGAAAUGUUUGUCUCGAUGAAGCUGGCUGUUGUACUCGAAGGUUUUCCAGAUGUCAAGAUGACGGAGGAGCAGGCGGAAGUGGUAGAGACUGUGCUUGUGAAGAGCAUUAACUUGUCUGACCAGGGGGAACCUAUCCAGUUUUCUGCGACAAACUACGAGCAUGGAGGCUUGGUGUUCACUUGUGUGAACAGGGCGACACAUGCGUGGCUUCAAAGUACUGCUCAAAGGAUUGUUCCGUGGCCGGGAGCCAGACUACUGGUUGCUCAGGCGGAGACCACGUUGAAAGGUUCCAGGUUGAUUUUGUGGGUGGACGAGAGAAUGGGGCUGAAUAAGAAAACUUACAAGCAGAUUGUGGAAUUGUUUGAGAAGCAAAAUAAAAAUAUCUCUACUGCCAAGUGGAAAAUCCUCAAGAGAGAGGCAGAGGUAGACAAAAGGAAAAGGGUGACUCUUUGGGUCGAUGACAAAUCUUUUGAGCAUUUGAAGGCAAGGAAUUUCAAAUUAUUCCUUGGCUUAUCACAAGCUAAAUUCAUCUUGAUGUCGGAAUGGAGGAAGCUGAAUACGCAACUGCGCCGUGAACUCAAAUUUACCGAUAGUGACUCUCGCACUUCAGACCGUCGGGUGUCUCGCACUUCAGAUCGUCGCGUGUCUCACACUUCAGACCGUCGAGUGUCCCGCACUUCAGACCGUCGGGUGUCUUCGGACCGUCAGGAGUCUCGCACUUCGGACCGUCAGGAGUCUCGCGCUUCGGACCGUCAGGAGUCUCGCGCUUCGGACCGUCAGGAGUCUCGCGCUUCGGACCGUCAGGAGUCUCGCGCUUCGGACCGUCAGGAGUCUCGCGCUUCGGACCGUCAGGAGUCUCGCGCUUCGGACCGUCAGGAGUCUCGCGCUUCGGACCGUCAGGAGUCUCGCGCUUCGGACCGUCAGGAGUCUCGCGCUUCGGACCGUCAGGAGUCUCGCGCUUCGGACCGUCAGGAGUCUCGCGCUUCGGACCGUCAGGAGUCUCGCGCUUCGGACCAUCGCGACUCUCGUGCUUCACACCGUCGAGAGCCGCAUGCUUUAGUUGAUCACAAAUCUCGUGCUUCGGAUCAUCGUGAGCAUCAUGUUUUGGAACACCAUGAGCCACGUUCUUCGGACCGUCAUGAGCAUCGCGCUUCGGACCGCCAUGAGCAUCGCGCUUCGGACCGCCACGAGCCUCGCGCUUCGGACCGCCACGAGCCUCGCGCUUCGGACCGCCACGAGCCGCGCGCUUCGGACCGCCACGAGCGUCGCACUUCGGAACGCCACGAGCGUCACACUUCGGAACGCCACGAGGCUCGCGCUUCGGACCGCCACGAGGCUCGCACUUCGGACCGCCACGAGGCUCGCACUUCGGACCGCCACGAGGCUCGCGCAUUGGACCGGCACGAGGCUCGCGCAUUGGACCGGCACGAGGCUCGCGCAUGGGACCGGCACGAGCCUCGCGCAUCGGACCGGCACGAGCCGCGCGGUUCUGACCGGCACAAGCCUCGCGGUUCUGACCGGCACGAGCCUCGCAGCUCUGACCGCCACGAGCCUCGCGCUUCGGACCGCCACAAGCAUCGUGCUUCGGACCGUCCGGAGCCUCGCACUUCUGUCCAUCGAGAGCCUCGCACUUCUGUCCAUCGAGAGCCUCCCACUUCUGAUCGUCGGGAGCCUCGCAUUUCAGCCCUCCUGGAGCCCCGCGGCUCUGGCCGCCUGGAGCCCCGCGCCUCUGGCCGCCUGGAGUCCCGUACCACUGACCUACAGGAAUAUCGUGCUUCUGAUCUUCUGUGGUCUCAUGCUUCGGACUCUCGGUGGUCUCACGCCUCAGACUUCCUGUGGGCACCCCCUUCCGACCAUCUGGAGCCCCGCACGUUAGGUCGUCGGGGGUCCCACACCUUGGCUCAUCUGGAGCCCCGCCCUAAGGACCGUCUGGAGCCCCGCUCUGUGGACCUUCUAAUGCCCUGCUUUACAGAGCGUUUGGGUCCCCUUGCUGCCCAACGUUUGCAGAUCCGUGCUUCAGACCAGCUGGAGCCCCGCCGCGUGGACCGUUUGCUGUCCAGCAGUUCAGACCAUCUCGGCUCCCAUAAUUUACAACGUUUGGAAUCCCGUAUUGCAGACCACACUGAGCCUCGUGCUACAGAUCGUAUGGCGCCCCGUGCGCUCACCCGUCGCGGAUCGCCUUCUUUGGACAGUGUCAUACUGCGCACUUCGUUCCGCAGGAGAUCUCCUGCUUUAGACCAUGUGGCACCCCGUACCUUGUUCCGUCGGGGGUCUCCUGCUGUGGGACAUGUGAAGUCCCCCACUUCAGACAUUCGAAGACGCACUACUUCAGACCGUCUGAAGGCCCACUCUUUGGACCGUCAGAUGGUGUGCUCUUCUGACCGCCAGAUGGCCCGCUCUAUGGACCGCCGGGUGGCCAGGUCUUCGGACCACCGGGUGGCCAGGUCUUCGGACCGCCGGGUGGCCAGGUCUUCGGACCGCCGGGUGGGCAGGUCUGCGGACCGCCGGGUGUCCAGGUCUGCGGACCGCCGGGUGUCCAGGUCUGCGGACCGCCGGGUGGCCAGGUCUGCGGACCGCCGGGUGGCCAGGUCUGCGGACCGCCGGGUGGCCAGGUCUGCGGACCGCCGGGUGGCCAGGUCUGCGGACCGCCGGGUGGCCAGGUCUGCGGACCGCCGGGUGGCCAGGUCUGCGGACCGCCGGGUGGCCAGGUCUGCGGACCGCCGGGUGGCCAGGUCUGCGGACCGCCGGGUGGCCAGGUCUGCGGACCGCCGGGUGGCCAGGUCUUCGGAGCGCCGGCUGCCCCGCUCUUCGGCGGACCGCCGGAUGGACGGAUCUUCGGCGGACCGCCGGCUGCCCCGCUCUUCGGCGGACCGCCGGCUGCCCCGCUCUUCGGCGGACCGCCGGCUGCCCCGCUCUUCGGCGGACCGCCGGCUGGCCCGCUCUUCGGCGGACCGCAGGCUGGCCCGCUCUUCGGCGGACCGCAGGCUGGCCCGCUCUUCGGCGGACCGCCGGCUGGCCCGCUCUUCGGCGGACCGCAGGCUGGCCCGCUCUUCGGCGGACCGCAGGCUGGCCCGCUCUUCGGCGGACCGCAGGCUGGCCCGCUCUUCGGCGGACCGCAGGCUGGCCCGCUCUUCGGCGGACCGCAGGCUGGCCCGCUCUUCGGCGGACCGCAGGCUGGCCCGCUUUCAGACGGACCGUCGUGGGUCCCGCCAUCCUGAUAAUCUGGCACCCGGUUCCUUAGUCCAUCAGGGGUCUUCCACUUUGGACCAUCGGGAGGCUUCUGCUUCUUCACGCUGGGAGCCCCGCGCUUCAGAAUGUGCACAACCUCGUGAUACAGACCGUUUUGAUCCCCGCGCUUCAGAACGCUUGGUGCCCCGUAGUUCCGAUCGUUUUGAUCCCCGUGUUUCUGAAUGCCCACUGUCGCGCACUUCAGACCGUUUUGAUCCUCGUGCCUCAGAACGCCUACUGGCCCGCACUUCAGACCGUCUCAAGCAGCACUCUUCUGAUCGUCCUGAGCUCCGCACUUCUGCCCAUCAGGAGCUCCGCACGUCUGACUGUCCUGAGCCCCGCACGUCUGACCGUCGGGAGCCCCGAGGUUCUGAUUGUCGGGAGCCCCGUACUUCUGACCGUCGGGACGGCCGUGUUUCUGACCGUCGAGAGCCCGGCACUUCUGACCGUCGGUUGCCUCGAGAGACUGAUUACAGUGCCCCAGAUCAAUCUCAGCUUCGUAAGAGAAUGUCUGUAGUUUCGGAUCCCCUUUCACCUAAAAGGACGAGGUAUACAGCUUCGUAUUUGAUGCCAUCUCUUGAUUCCAGGCACAUGACUCCAAGCCGUGAUAAGUCUGAGAACUCGAGGUUCAAAGAUUCAGAUCAACUAUUAUCCUGUGACUCAAGAUUCAGAGGCUCGGAUGAGCUGCCUAUCCAGGAAUCCAGGUUUAGAGGCUCAGAUCUCUGGAUGAGAAGAUAG